AUGGCGGGGAGCGGGACAACGGCGGCGGGGUGCUCGGCGCCGAUGAAGGCGACGUCGAACGGGGCGUUCCAGAAGGACAACCCGCUAGACUUCGCGCUGCCGCUCAUCAUCCUCCAGAUCUGUCUCGUGGUUCUGCUCACCCGGGGGAUCGCCUUCCUCAUCCGCCCCCUCCGCCAGCCCCGCGUCAUCGCCGAGAUCAUUGUACGCCCCCCUUCCCUUCUUCUUCCUCCUCCGAUCUGUUCCUCUGUUUAUUCGUUCCUGCGGAUCGACGGCGGGGUACCCCCCCUCUGAAAAUCGGUCGCUCGCUGACUCGCUGAUUUAUUCGUUGUGUGUGCCUGCUUCCAGGGGGGGAUCUUGCUCGGUCCGUCUGCGCUGGGGCGGAGCAAGACGUUCCUGAACAACGUGUUCCCGUCCAGGAGCCUGACGGUGUUGGACACGCUCGCCAACAUCGGGCUGCUCUUCUUCCUCUUCCUGGUGGGGCUGGAGCUGGACCUGCGGGCCAUCCGCCGCACCGGAAAGAAGGCCCUCGCCGUCGCCCUCGCCGGCAUCUCCCUGCCCUUCGUCCUCGGCAUCGGGACCUCCGUGGUGCUGCGCUCCACCGUCGCCAAGGGCGUGCGCCCGGCCCCCUUCCUCGUCUUCAUGGGGGUGGCGCUCUCCAUCACCGCCUUUCCCGUGCUGGCCCGCAUCCUCGCCGAGCUCAAGCUCCUCACCACCGACGUCGGUCGCAUGGCCAUGUCCGCCGCCGCGGUCAACGACGUGGCCGCCUGGAUCCUCCUGGCCCUGGCCAUCGCCCUCUCGGGAUCGGGGUCCGCUCUGGUCUCCCUCUGGGUGCUCCUCACCGGCGCCGCCUUCGUCGUCUUCGCCGCCCUCGUGAUCCGGCCGUGCAUCGGGUGGAUGGCCCGCCGCUCCCCCGAGGGUGAGCCCGUGAAGGAGAUCUACAUCUGCGCGACGCUCACGGCCGUGCUCGCGGCGGGCUUCGUGACGGACUCCAUCGGCAUCCACGCGCUGUUCGGCGCCUUCGUGGUGGGCGUCGUGGUGCCCAAGGACGGGCCCUUCGCCGGCGUGCUCAUCGAAAAGAUCGAGGACAUCGUCUCCGGCCUCUUCCUGCCGCUCUACUUCGUGUCCAGCGGCCUGAAGACGAACGUGGCAACCAUCAGCGGCGGGCAGUCCUGGGGGCUGCUAGUCCUCGUCAUCGUCACCGCUUGCGUGGGCAAGAUUGCCGGCACUGUCAUCGUCUCGCUGCUGGUGCGGGUUCCCCGGCGGGAGGCCCUGGCUCUGGGGUUCCUGAUGAACACCAAGGGCCUGGUGGAGCUCAUCGUCCUGAACAUCGGCAAGGACCGCAAGGUACUCAACGAGGAGACCUUCGCCAUCAUGGUGCUGAUGGCCCUCUUCACCACCUUCAUCACCACCCCCAUCGUCAUGGCCGUGUACAAGCCCGCCAGGCAGGCGGCACCGUACAGGCACCGCACCGUGAUGCGCUCCGACAGCGAGUCCGAGCUGCGAAUCCUGGCCUGCUUCCACAGCACGCGCUCCAUCCCGGGCACCAUCAACCUGAUCGAGACCUCCCGGGGAAUCCGCCGCCGGGGAGUCACCGUCUACGCGAUGCACCUCAUGGAGCUCUCCGAGCGGUCGUCCGCCAUCUCCAUGGUCCACAAGGCCCGCCGCAACGGGCUCCCCUUCUGGAACAAGGGCCUCCCCACCGAGACCGGCUACCACAUCAUCGUCGCCUUCGAGGCCUACCAGCAACUCAGCAGCGUCUCCAUCCGCCCCAUGACGGCCAUCUCCGACCUCGCCACCAUCCACGAGGACAUCGUCACCAGCGCCCAGCAGAAGCGGGCCGCCGUCAUCCUCCUCCCCUUCCACAAGCACCAGCGCCUUGACGGCACCCUCGAGUCCCUCGGCAGCUCCUUCCAGCACGUCAACCAGCGCGUCCUCCGGCACGCUCCCUGCUCCGUCGGCAUCCUCGUCGACCGCGGCCUCGGCGGCGCCGCCCAGGUCUCCUCCAGCGACGUUUCCUGCUCCAUCGCCGUCCUCUUCUUCGGCGGCCGCGACGACCGCGAGGCCCUCGCCUACGCCCUCCGCAUGGCAGAGCACCCGGGCAUCCAGCUCACCGUCCUUAGGUUCCUGGCCCUCCCUGGGAAGGCCCUCAUGGAGACCAGCAGCAGAAGAGGCGUAGCCACCGUCGACGCCGAGGCCGACGACGGAUUCGCCGACGACGGCGUCCUCGCCAGCUUCCGGACCACGGCGGCGGCUUCCGACGGGUCGAUCACCUACGAGGAGAAGACCGUGGGGGGGAAGACCGACAUCAUCGCCGCCAUCAAGGCGGGGGGGCGGAUCAACCUGUUCCUGGUGGGACGGUCCCCUCCCGUCUCUGCUCUAGUGGGGAGGACAGACUGCCCGGAGUUGGGCCCCGUGGGGAGCUACCUCGCCUCGUCGGAGUUCUCCACCACCGCCUCCGCUCUGGUUCUCCAGCAGUACGACCCCAACGGCAACCACAAGCUCCUCGUAGAAGAAGUCGCGGAGGUACGCGAGGUUCCCGACACCCCUGACGUCAACCGCUCCGGCCGCGGCAUCCUCCCUGUCUGA